GAUAGCGUGACGUGCAUUUAGGCUUACGCAGUACAGGGAGUGGGGGAAAGUCUGACCCUCAAACGGAUGCUGUUACUUCUCUCCCCCUUUCAAUGGGCUCGUCCGGAGAGGCGGGGGCUGGGCCUGCUGGCAGUACUUGUUUUGGCAUCUUUGUGAGAGAGCGACAGCUCAUUAUAUUUGUGUAAUGCACAGGAGUGGAGGUGACUCCAUGAAUAAUUUAAAUGAUCCUCCAAACUGGAAUAUCCAGCCUAAUCCAAGGGAUAAUGGUGGUGAUGGAAACAAAUGGAAUUAUGCUUUAUUGGUUCCAAUGCUGGGAUUGGCUGCAUUUCGAUGGAUCUGGACCAGAGAGUCUCAGAAAGAGAUAGAAAAAGAAAAAAGAGAUUAUUAUAGAAAAUUAACAUCUGUACGAAGAGAUCUUGAAUCAAAAUAUCGUGACAUAAUCACAGAAAAUCGUCACACAGUUGCUCGCUUGGAGUUGGAGCUUGAAAAGGAACAAAAAAGAAGCCUAAGCUAUCGUGAAGCCCUAGUCUCCCAGAGUCGCAAAUUAGUAGAAGAAAGAAGAAUUCUAGAACAAGAACAUGAAAAGUUAGAACAAGAAAAACAGGUUCUGCUGCGCUCAGGGGCAGCAGGUGCCUUGUAUCAUAAUUAUCUUGAAAAGGAAGCACAGUGGCAAAAGAGAGCUAAUAUUGUAAUAAAAGAAUUUGAAGAAGCACUUUUAGAAAGACAAGACAUCUACUGUAGUUUUGUGCUGCCCAGAAACCAGCGACUAGAAAUAGAGAAAAAAUUGCUAAUUAGAGCAGCAACUGAUCCUGUUGCUAUGGAUCUAGAAAUUGAAAGUGGUUUAAAAGAUAUUUUUAAAUAUGAUACAUAUUGUGGUAAUGUGUUGAACACAAACAAACGUCAAAAUGGAAGACUAAUGUGGCUUUAUCUCAGAUAUUGGGAACUAACAGUUGAAUUAAAAAAGUUCAAGAGAGUAGAAAAGGCCAUAUUGGAAAAGUGAUGUAUGAGAAAAGUAGUGGCAUUUCAAGCACAAUGGCAUGUGUAGUAUACAAUGACUCACUGGUAUUCUGAAACUACUAAUUUCCUAUAGUACAUUCAUCUGUUUUCACUUCCUCCUUGCAGCCACAUUUACAGCUAUCCAGGCAAGUGUCUCUACUGUUGGUGCUUUUCCAUGGAUGUGCCAACAAUAAAUGUGCAUUAAAGCAGUGCAGUUUACUUUAAGACUGUGUCAGCUGAAAGAUACACUUUGUAUUCAUAGUGAGGAUAGCUGAGUGUGCUCCCAACUCCUGAUUUCCUGCAUGGCAGUGCAACAUCUUUUUGUGGAACUCAGGAAAACACUUGGAGGUGACUGUACUAACAGUGAAAUUGUUUUUGUUAUAUUUAGGUGUGAGAGACUUUUUCUGUACCAGUGAAAAAAGUGUGCAAUCAAGUUUUCAAAUUAGAUUUGCCUUGUCUUCCAGGUUUGGUGUGCAAAUGCUACUUUACACUACCUUAUGCAUAAAAUAUUUGCAUGACAUAUAAAGACUGCAGAUGAUAUUUAAAAUAAUACAGACGGAAAAUAAAUGCAAAGACUUCAGUCUCAUGCCUACUGAAGUUAAUGAUAAUGAGGGCAUGAUUGUUUCUUAAUCAGGAUUGCGUAUGAGUUUUAAUCUAAAAGUUGUCACUUUAAGGGGUAUUCAUACAAUGGAAAAGUAAAACAUUUAAUCACUUACUUUGCCUUUUAGAUCUAGGUUACCAAUUUGGAUUUUGUCCACCAUGGUAGUGCCGAAGGCCCUAUUGUUUUGACUGAUUGAUCUGUAACAGAUUGAUUAUUUUAAGCCCAUCCUUAGUAGACAGAUGUCCACAUCAUAAAAGCCAUCAUCGCAUUCAACAGAGAUUUCAAGGAUUGACUGGAGGUAAAGACAAACAACUCUCUUAUCCUUAUAUGUAGUCCCUCCAGAUCAAAAGUGGGACCUUGGCUCAUGUACAGUGAGAAGAUAGGUGGGGAGCAAAAUUAUCCCCUGGAUUGAUUUUGGGGAAGUAACAGAGAAAAGGAAUUCUCAUUGAAUUUUCCUCUUUGAUGCCUCUCUUCUAGAUAUUUUAGUCAUGGUGGGGUAAUUAGCCCAGGAUUCUGACCUUAUUGUAGAAUUAAAAAGAAGCAGUUACUUAUUCAUAAGUAAAAACAACAGAGGAUAAAAAAAAAAACCCUUUCAUUUUUCAAAUCUAUCCUAUGUAAAGUGCCUCUUGACAAGUUUGGUUUUUUCUGCCAAAGGAUAAAAGAGAAGCAAAAGGAAAAUGGAUAUACAAUAUGGGUGUGUCUAGACUACAAGGUUUUGUCGACAAAAGUGGACUUUUGUCGACAAAACUAUACCUGCGUCUACACUGGCGCUGAGU